GUGUGCGUGUGUGUGUAUGCUUUCCCUCUAUUCUCCGCCUUUGCACACCCAAAGCUAAGUGGUUUUUUUUUUCUUUUAAAAAAUAUAUAUAUUUCUGCCCCUGCGGUAUUCCCUAGCACCAUCUGCCCUCUUCUGCACCCCCUCCUCCGGCUAUCCCUACUACUGGGCUGCUCACAGCAAGAGUAUUAUUUUUCCGUCCUGCCCCGGGCCAAGCCCAGCCUGGGUUGGCGGCUCAGCGGGGCUCGCACCCGGCGCUCGGCCGCCGCCGCCCCGCUCUGCCGCGGCGCCCUCCGGAGAUGCUGCCGUGGAAGAAGCACAAGUUUGAGCUGCUGGCCGAGGCGCCGCCGCGGCAGGCGUCCAAACCCAAAGGCUACGCGGUGAGCCUGCACUACUCGGCACUCAGCUCGUUGGCGCGGGCUUGCCCCGAAGGCGCCCUCAGCCGGGUGGGCAGCAUGUUCCGCUCCAAGCGCAAGAAGCUGCACAUUACCAGCGAGGACCCCACGUACACCGUGCUCUACCUGGGCAACGCCACUACCAUCCAGGCGCGCGGCGAUGGCUGCACCGACCUCGCCGUGGGCAAGAUCUGGAGCAAGAGCGAGGCGGGCCGUCAAGGCACCAAGAUGAAGCUGACUGUGAGUGCGCAAGGGAUCCGCAUGGUGCACGCCGAGGAGCGCGCGCUGCGCCGCCCGGGCCACCUCUACCUGCUGCACCGCGUUACCUACUGCGUGGCGGACGCGCGACUCCCCAAGGUCUUCGCCUGGGUGUACCGGCACGAGCUCAAGCACAAGGCGGUCAUGCUGCGCUGCCACGCCGUGCUGGUGUCCAAACCCGAGAAGGCCCAGGCCAUGGCCCUGCUGCUCUACCAGACGUCAGCCAACGCUCUGGCGGAGUUUAAACGUCUCAAGCGGCGGGACGACGCGCGGCACCAGCAACAGGAGCUGGUGGGCGCGCACACCAUCCCGUUAGUGCCGCUGCGCAAGCUGCUCCUGCACGGCCCCUGCUGCUACAAGCCCCCGGUGGAGCGCAGCCGCAGCGCGCCCAAGCUGGGCUCCAUCACCGAGGACCUGCUCGGCGAAGAGCAGGAGUUGCGGGAGGAAGAGGAAGAGGAGCACCCCGAGGGCUGCCUGGAAGAGGAGGAUGAGGAGGACCUGGGCCGGGUGGGGGAGGGGGACCCCGCGGAGGAGGCCGAGGAACAGGGGGCGCUGGUGGUGACCACGCACAUCGAGUGUGGGGACUUGCUGGACACGCUGGACAAUGGCUGCGAGGAGGCGCUGGGCGGUGGCGGGGUCAUACUGGGGCCGGGGGCCGGAACGCCGCCCUCCGCACUGCCCGGCAGCGCCUCCGACGCCGACAUGAAGGCCCAGCUGUCGCAGCUCAUUAGCGACCUGGGCGAGCUCAGCUUCGGCAACGACGUGCGCACCCUGCAGGCGGACUUGCGGGUGACGCGGCUGCUGUCGGGAGAGAGCACCGGCAGCGAGAGCUCCAUCGAGGGCGGGGGCCCAGAUGCCACCCCGGCCUCUGUCACCGUCGGAGACCCAUCUGGCCCCGCCGACAGCGCCAGCCUGGAUGAGUCCCACUCGGGUUGAGUUUCCAUCAGACCCCUCACUUCUGGUACCCUACAGUGGUUCCCCAACCGUGGUCUGGUCCCCUGCUUGCCCCACCCCAACCCCCACUCACAGGAAAGGGGAAAUGGGGGAACGUGAGGCCCAGACCUCAGCUUGGGACCCAGGUCUUGAGUUCCUCGUGGCCUCUUUCCCCAUCACCCCCUGUGCCCCAACACUGAGGUGGCCCAGGUUGCUGGUGGGGAUUUAGUGAGAAAGGAGGAAACGCCACGAGCCACCACGGAAUCAGCCUCUCUGGGAUGGGGAUGAGGUGAAAAGUUGGAAACGUCCACCAGCUAGCUUGAGGGCCUGAGGCCAGUUUCCUGUUUGGGAAACAGCUGGGACCUCAGGGGGAAGGGUCAGCUUCCUCCUGCCACCCCCUCGCGGGGAGGCCUCACUGACAUUGACUUCUCACUGAAAAAUCACAAUGUCUGAGGCCUAAUACCACCCCUCAUCCCCAGGGUUUUUGUUUUUGUUUUUGGUGCAAGAGAGCUUGAGCUGUUUACCUCAGACUCAGACUCUUAAAAUUCUGCCAAAUUCCUCAAAUAACUAUAUUUGGGGUGGGGGAUGGGGAUGAGAACGAAUUGCAUUUUGUUUACAGUUUAAGACAUCUAAUAUUUAAAAGGAGUUUUCUUUUAGAAACACACACCUUCCUCCUGGUCCCAAAGAUCUCACUCCAUGAUGCUGUGUAAAAUAUUUUUGCACUGUUGUGAAGUAUUUUUGACAUCUUUUUUUUUUUGUAUAUAACUGUGUUCUCAGAGCUGAAUGUUUAUAUAUCUUUUGCUGUGCAAAAGAGUAUGUAAAAUGUUGUUCAGUUGUAUAUACAGAAAUGUGUAUAAAACAUUUUGUUAUUUUUUGA